AUGAAGCUGUUUCAUCGCUUUCGUAAGAUCCUUAUGCGUCUUCUCUUCUCCGUUCCUUCUGCUUCUGCCUCAUCAUCUUCUGCUACUUCUUCUUCAAAGCACAGGAACUCCGAUCGCUUUGAGCCACCCAAGACCUCAUGUAGCUCUUAUUAUUCCUCUUACUCCCAUUACAACGAGGCUAUUGCCGAUUGCAUUGAGUUCUUCAAUAAGUCGGCGCAAGAUGGCUUUUUGGAUCCUCGGAACUCCGAUGUUGUCUGA